AUGGUACCUGUUGAAAACACCGAGGGCCCCACGCUCCUGAAACACAAGGGCAGAGCGGCCCAGACCGAGGGCAGCGCUCGGGCCCGCCGCCGCCGGCAUCCUUCUUGUUCUGGAGGUUGCAGCCUGUUUACCUUCCUGUCGUCAGUCACUGCAGCCGUCAGCGGACUCCUGGUGGGAUAUGAGCUUGGCCUCAUCUCUGGGGCCCUUCUUCAAAUCAGAACCUUGCUAGCCCUCACCUGUCACGAACAGGAGAUGGUGGUGAGCUCCCUCCUCAUUGGGGCCUUCCUGGCCUCCCUCAUUGGUGGCAUUCUGAUCGACAGGCACGGCAGAAGGACUGCGAUCAUCUUGUCAUCCUGCCUUCUUGGACUUGGAAGCUUGGUCUUAAUUCUCAGUUUAUCCUAUGCCGUUCUGAUCAUAGGACGCAUUGCAAUAGGGGUUUCUAUCUCCCUCUCUUCAAUUGCCACGUGUGUUUACAUCGCUGAGAUUGCACCUCAGAACAGAAGAGGUCUCCUUGUGUCACUGAAUGAGCUGAUGAUAGUCAUUGGCAUUCUUUGUGCCUAUAUUUCAAAUUACGCCUUUGCCAACGUGACCCAGGGCUGGAAAUAUAUGUUUGGCCUUGUUAUUCCCUUCGGAAUUUUGCAAGCAAUUGCAAUGUACUUUCUUCCUCCCAGCCCUCGGUUUCUGGUGAUGAAAGGAAAAGAGGAAGCUGCAAGCAAGGUCCUUGAAAAACUAAGAUCUGUCUCAGAUACCACAGAGGAACUCACUACAAUCAAAUCUUCCCUGAAAGAUGAAUAUCAGUUCAGUUUUGGGGAUCUGUUUCGUUCAAAAGACAACAUGAGGACCAGAAUAAUGAUAGGUUUAACACUGGUUUUUUUUGUACAAGUCACUGGACAACCAAACAUACUAUUCUAUGCAUCAACUGUUUUGAAGUCUGUUGGCUUCCAAAGCAAUGAGGCAGCUAGCCUGGCUUCCACUGGGGUUGGAGUGGUCAAGGUUGUCAGCACCAUCCCAGCCACCUUUCUUGUUGACCACGUUGGCAGCAAAACCUUCCUCUGCAUUGGCUCCUCUGUGAUGGCAGCCUCACUGCUGACCAUGGGCAUUGUGAAUCUCAACAUCCACAUGAAUGUCACCAAUAUCUGCCAAAGCCAUAGCCCAGUCAACCAGUCUUUGGAUGAGCUUGUAUUUUAUGGUCCAGGAAACUUGUCUGUCAGCAACAACACUCUCAGGGAGUACUUUAAAGGGAUCCCUUCCCACAGCAGCAACUCACUUGUUGUGCCUAUGAAAAAUGAUAAAGAUAUAAAAGCGGAGACAGCCCCUACAUCCUUACCAAAUUCAGGACUAAGCCAAACAGAACACGAGACAGUCGCAGACCCUGCAGAUGUUCCAACUUACUUGAAAUGGCUGUCUUUAGCCAGCUUGCUUAUUUAUGUGGCUGCUUUUUCAAUUGGUCUAGGACCAAUGCCCUGGCUGGUGCUCAGUGAGAUCUUUCCUGGUGGCAUUAGAGGAAGAGCCAUGGCAUUAACUUCCAGCAUGAACUGGGGCAUCAAUCUCCUCAUCUCUCUGACAUUUUUGACAGUAACUGAUCUCAUUGGCCUGCCGUGGGUGUGCUUUAUAUAUACAAUCAUGAGUCUGGCAUCCCUGGCUUUUGUUGUCAUGUUUAUCCCUCAGACGAAGGGACGCUCUUUGGAACAAAUAUCAGUGGAGCUAGCAAAAGCGAACUUCGUGAAAAACAACAUUUGUUUUGUGAGUCAUCACCAAGAAGAAUUAGUGCCAACCCAGCUUCAAAGAGGAAAACCCCAAGAGCAGCUCCUGGGGGUAUAACAGCUGCAUGGCAGGGAGAGCAAAGCAGCUUUCCCAGAGACCAAACGGCUUGCACACUUUGAAACACUGACGGUUCAAGAACAUGCAAGAGGU